ACCAGUUUAUCAUAAUUAAGUCCCAAAGUGUGAUACACUAAAAUACCCCUUUAAUUUUGAUUUGUAUCUAAAAACCCUGUAUAUAAUUUUAUUUAUAUGUCCAAGCAAACAUUUCUUAUCAGAGUACAAUAUAAUUUACGAUUACAUAUACUUAAACGUAAUUAUCUAUUACUUUCAUUUUUCAAAAACUUGUGUAGUGUCAGUGUUCUUUAAGAAAAUGUCAGAAGAAAACAUUUUUUCCGGUGGAAAGCGCCAAUUACCAACAUCACAAGUUAACACUGGGGUCGAAUUGCUUGAAGCUUUAAAGAAACGAGAUAAAAACUUCAUUAUAUUCGAAGAUGUGGAAACUGGUGAAACUAUUACAGUUGGAGAACUUAUAGAAAAUGCCUGUCAAUUAUCAAAACGCUUAACUGAUUUUAUUGGAAAAUCAGGAAAUAUAAUUGCGGUUGCCUCUGAAAAUAACGUGAAUUAUUUCACUGUUGUAUUAGCGGCUUUAUUUAGUGGUGUCCCUGUUGCCCUAUUAGAUCCAAAUUACACAAUUUAUGAACUUCGCACAAUUUUAAGCAUCACUAAACCAGCCUUAGUUUUCUGUUCUUUAAAACAAAUCCCAAAAUACACGAAAGUUUUAGUAACUUAUCGAUCAAUAAGAAAAUUAGUGGUUAUCGAUUCAAAAGGUGAUGGAAAACAAUUUGAUUCUCUUCGAACGUUUACCGAACGUUCCACAACAAUUUCUAAUUUUACAAUUAAAGAUGUCAACAUUAAAAAAGAAACCGCUUUCAUUUUAUUUUCUUCUGGAACAACUGGUUUACCAAAAGGUGUAAUGCUGAGUCAUUUUAGUAUUAACACCACGAUGGUUAUGGCUGGAGAUCCAACAAUUAAAUCACCAACAAAAGCCGAUACCACAUUGGGUUUACUACCGAUUUACCAUGUUUAUGGUUUAUUCGUCGUUAUCAUGUCUGUACUAGAAGAUAGAAAAGUUGUGUUGUUAAAAAAAUUUGAACCGGAGUUAUUUUUGAAGACAAUUCAAAAUUAUAAAAUAACACGCUUGGCUGUAGUUCCACCACUUGUUCAGUUCUUAUUGAAUAAUCCUUUAAUUGAGAAAUAUGAUUUAUCAAGCUUACAAGAAAUUGGAAGCGGCGCUUCUAUGCUUCCAGAGAAAUCUCGAACGGAAGCUAUAAAAAAAUUUAACUUAAAAUAUUUUCGCGUUGGUUAUGGUCUUACUGAGUCAGGAUUAAGUGUUUCUUCAAUGCCUUAUAAUACACCUAGACCAGGAUCGGUUGGUAAAUUAUACCCAGGAAUUUCAGCUGUUAUCAAAGAUUUAAGAACUGGGAAAAAUUUGCCACCUUAUAGUCAAGGCGAAAUAUGCAUUAAAGCUGAUAGUGUCAUGCAAGGAUAUUACGGAAAUCCGCAAGCAACCAAAAAUAGUUUUACUAAAGAUGGAUGGUUGAAAACUGGUGAUCUUGGAUAUUUUGAUGAAGACGGAUAUCUAUAUAUUGUUGAUAGAUUAAAAGAAGUUAUUAAAUAUAAAGGAUUUCAAAUCGCUCCAGCUGAACUAGAAGCUAUUUUAUUAACUCACCCAAAGAUUCAAGACGCGGGGGUUGUUGGUAAACCCGACGAUAAGGCGGGAGAAUUACCAACAGCUUUUGUAAUUAAAAAAAGCGGUGCCAAAUUAACAGAAAAUGAAGUUAAAUUUUAUGUAGCAGGAUUUGUUAAACGUGAAAAACAUUUACAUGGAGGAGUAAUUUUUUUGGAUGAAUUACCGAGGAUGAGUUCUGGAAAAUUAAAAAGAAAAGAUUUGAAAGCUUUACUAAACAAUCCUAAAUCUAAACUAUAAUUGGUACUCAUUGUCCUUUAUAAGAAAGAAAUAAAAUAUGUCUUAUUAUU